AACCGCUUCCCAUUUAUAAAUGUGUUUUUGUGAAAUGUCCUUUUGUGGCUCUGUUUGUGAUGUAUAUAUCGGGCCUUUUAUAAAAGAACCUAGCAUAAAGAGAUUCUCAAGUUAAAAUUACAUGUUGAAAUUUAAAUACUUGCCUGUUAUAGAUCACAUAGUGUGGACAACUGGACAGAGUAGUAGACAAAGUGAUCAACACAGUUAAAAAUCCUAUAUCUAUUGUAUCCCAUUGUAAUUGAAUAAGUUUAAAAUUUGGAAUAAUACAAUACCUUCAAUAAUAUGACUACUAUAGAGCUAACUCUUGGACAAGCAAGUGUAUGAGUUGUCUUAUGUAAAGAUCUUCAGUAGUCUUGAGUUAUAAAAUAAUAGUCUCUGUUUAAAAAAUGUCUGAGAAGUCAAAUGUUAGUAAUGACAAACCUGGUGAUGGAAUUAGAUCAAUGAGAACAAGUACAGCAUUCAGAGUUGUAAACUUUGAACUAUAUGCUAAGCCAAAUAUAGUAAUAAUGACUAUUGGUUUAACAUGUUUUGGAAUAGCUGUUGGUUAUAUGGCUUAUAUGCGACAAAAGUAUGAGUCUAUGGGCUAUUAUACAGCAAUUGAUAAAGAUGGCAAGGAGAUAUUUGAAAAGAAGAAAUCUAAAUGGGACUAGAAAUCUAACUGAGUGAUAAAUUUUUGUAAUAUGUAACUUAUUUUGUAUUUAUAUAAACAUUAUGAAUAAUGUUCUUUAUGUGAGAAGAUUCUGAGUGUACAUUAAAUUGUAGAUUAGUAAAACUGGGUUCUGUUGUGAUAUACUUAUAUUUUAAUAAAUAUUGAAGAUCAGAUUAGUCAGUCACAA